UAUAAGACAAAAGAAUCAAAAACACACACACUCUCUCUCAUUAUUGAAGUCCAUGAGCUCAUGGUCACUCUUUCCAAGAACUCCCAUCAAGCCAUUUGAUAAUUCCGGUGCUUUUGGUAGAUUUCUGUUGUAAACUGAAGCUUUUUUUUGGGUUUUAUCCUCUUCCCGUAUGUUCAUCAAUGUUCAACCAGAGUCACUCCUUUCUCUAGUUUUCCGAACCAAAAUCCAUAGUUUUCAGUAGAUCUUUGUGUUGUCAGAAAGUGGAAAGAAAGAAAACCCACUAAGAAUUCAGGCCCUCCAAGCAUUUUGCUUACCAAAUGGCUUCAAUUACCAACCCAUUUCAAUCUUCAAUCCAAACUUCUUCACGAUUCUCUUCACUAUACUUAUCACCCAACAGAGCUACAGCAUGUCAUCUUGUGCUCAAGACUCGGUCACUGACUACUAAAGCCACGCGCUUGGCGUUUUCUCCGUUGUCGGAGAGCCGGGGACCUCCAACACCUGUCGAACUUUCUGGCAAGGCCUUGAGGUUUUCCGGUUGGAGUCAACUGUUGAGGCGACGUGGCUCUGUUGAAUUUCCGGUCGUGGCAGCUGCGGCCGCGGAUGCUGAUGGGUAUGCGAAGCCUUCUAAGAGCUUUUCUGAGAAAUUUCCUGUGCUGGUUACCGGUUUCUUCUUCUUUAUGUGGUACUUCUUAAAUGUCAUCUUCAAUAUACUCAACAAGAAAGUCUAUAAUUAUUUCCCAUAUCCAUACUUUGUUUCUGUUGUACAUCUCCUAGUUGGAGUGGUGUAUUGUCUUGUUUCUUGGGCUAUUGGUCUACCAAAACGUGCUCCAAUUAAUAAGGAGCUCUUGGCACUACUAACUCCUGUUGCAUUCUGUCAUGCCCUUGGACAUGUCAUGUCCAAUGUAUCAUUUGCAGCUGUUGCCGUAUCUUUCACACACACUAUUAAAGCUCUGGAGCCAUUCUUCAAUGCUGCUGCUUCUCAGUUUAUUUUAGGCCAUCAAAUUCCCUUGUCCCUGUGGCUCUCGUUGGCCCCUGUUGUUUUUGGUGUAUCAAUGGCAUCAUUAACUGAACUUUCUUUCAACUGGACUGGUUUCAUCAGUGCAAUGAUUUCCAACAUAGCUUUUACCUACAGGAGCAUCUAUUCAAAGAAAGCAAUGACAGGAAUGGACAGCACAAAUGUGUAUGCUUAUAUUUCAAUAAUUGCUCUCUUGGUUUGCAUCCCACCAGCAAUAAUUAUUGAAGGGCCCCAACUGAUGCAAUAUGGUUUUAAGGAUGCUAUUGCCAAAGUGGGUCUAUAUAAAUUCUUGUCAGAUCUGUUCUGGAUUGGCAUGUUUUAUCACCUGUACAACCAGAUUGCUACUAACACCUUAGAACGGGUUGCACCACUUACACAUGCUGUUGGAAAUGUAUUGAAGAGAGUUUUUGUCAUCGGGUUCUCUAUUAUUGUAUUCGGCAAUAGGAUAUCCACACAAACUGGGAUUGGUACUGUUAUCGCAAUUGCGGGUGUAGCCAUGUACUCCCUAAUAAAGGCAAACAUAGAAGAGGAAAAACGGAAGGCUGCUGCAACUCCAACAUCAUAGGGGUGUGCUGUUGGGUUGACUAAGCAAACCCUGUAUAUUAAUGAGGGUAGUGAGGAAAUCCAUAUGAAGUUGUUGAGUGAGAUCUUCAGAGCCAGAUUUUACAGAGCUGGUGCUGCUGUUUAAAUUGGAUGCUUCAACUUUUCAACCUUUUGGUGGCUGCUUCCAUUAAAAUAACAGCUCUGAGAAAUGGUGAACAGAAUAAUAAGAUCAGCGCAGAAGUUUGAUCACAAAUUCUACAAACUCAUUUUGUAUUUUUAACAUAUUUGCAUUAUUUCAAUGUUGUAACAUUGCAAUUUUAUCAGAUGGUCUUGGAAGAGACUGAUGCACUUUUGUCACAUAAAAGCUUCUUCAAUUUGGUCUUA